UGGUAUUACUGUGGCGAUGAAGGUGAUGCGUGCAAUGAUGGUGAAGAGUGCGAGCAUCCAUAUGAUUUAUAUUCUGUUUUCAUUCUUUGUUUGGAUGCGAGCAAAGAAAAUAUUGAACGAGAGUUACAAAACAAAAGAAAACCUGUAGCUAAUAAAAAGUAUGCUUCUACAUCAACUGAAUCAGACGAUGAAAGAAAAGUAGUUGAUGAAGUCGAAAACUUGAAAGAAAAAUCAAAGCAGAACGAAUCAAAAAAAAAAAUCAGCUAUAAAUGAUAGAAGUAAAGCAAUAUUAAAAAAAUUUGAGAUGGCUUUUACGAUGCCAACUUUUUCUGAUUCUUGUCAGCAAAGUAAUGCAAAUACGCAAAAAGAUAAAAAUUUAACUAGUCUGAGUACAUUACCAUUGAAAGAGGUCCGUGUAGAUCUAGAACAUAUAAACAUUCCUAACAAAUAUACACCAAAGCCAGCUAACAUUAAUAAUACAGACAAGCAAACCAAUGAUGCCAAACAACAAGCAGCGUCACCUAGAAAUUCAGAUGCUUCUACACCACAGAGCAGUCGAUCAAGUUCACCUUUGUCAGUGCAACGCACAAAAUUUAAUUGCAGGCGUUCUUUGAGUUUUGAAGAGUUUUUAUGUAGCACAUCUCAGAGAAAACAACCUCCAAGCCCACUACCUUCACAGAAUGACAGAGAACCUCUGACUUUGCGAUCUGAGUACGAGAAUACUGACAAUAAUGGAAAUGAAAACAGGAAUAGCAUAGCUGAUGAUAAUCUUUCAUUAUCUUUUAAUGAUGACAAUGAUAAUAGAAUUGCACCUAGUAAUAUUGACGCUGAAUUAAUGCCUUCUCAAAGAAAUGAUGAAGCCGUUAAUAACAAUAAUGCUAAUGAAACAGCAGCUAAUGGAAAUAACGAGAAUGAUGAUAAUGAACAUGAUCAAGUUACCGAUGCUGAUAACAAUGAACAUGAUCAAGUUACCGAUGCUGAUAACAAUGAAGAAUUAGGAAUUCAACGAACAUACAAAAGAACAAAUGAAUUUAUUCUAGAUUGCAUUUUUUACUAUGAAAAUGCAAGAGAAGGUGAUGCAUUUCAAGAAAAGCAAAAACGUUACACAGUUACUGAAAAUGGAGAGAUAUACCUUGGUGAAAAUAUAAGCAUCGAUAGGACAGUAUGGGAAUUUAUGCAUGUAGAGAAGCCAUCAUACUUCAUCGUAACUAUUGCUAAGCAUCUUUGGGGUGGACACUUGCGCUUAGCUAAUAGAGCAUUUGAUCUAACUAACGGUGCAAAGAAUAUUCCAGGCAGAUCUCCGGUGAAACUAGUAGAAAAAAAUUUACUACGACUUCUAAUUAGUUUGUAUUAGAUAUGCUAUUCGUAAUUUAAGAGCAGCUGAAAUAAAAAAAGCGAUCGCCGAAGACAGGGAAGCUAAAAUCAACCGUAUUAAAAGAAAAAAAUUGAGGUACAAUUACCAAGGUCCGUAGUAGAAAUGUUUUUUUUUAACAUUUACAACUUUCUUUUGUGAAGAUUAAAAAUUUUUAUGAUUUAAAAAUGCCAAAAUUAUAAUUGAAAAAAAGGUAUGCUUAUUAAUAUAAUUUUGUUUUCUAUAAAAUAAUAAUCUGCGAAUUAAGGGGACAGAUACACAUUAAUUAGCCAAAAAAUAAAUGGUUACAAUUUAUUUUUGUAUUUAUCUUGAAUUGUUUAAAAAAUGUAUUAUAGAGUGGUGUAUAGGGAACUUUGGAACACACUGUCGAUAACAAAUAACAAUUUUUAUGUACACUAUAUACUAGGUAUGGUCUACGAAGCUUAAAAUCCAUACAUUUUAUUUGAUUCUGUUAUCGCAUACUAACUAAUCAUUUUUAUUAAAUGUUUAUCAUUUUUUAUAACUUUUUAUAAUUUUUAUAUUUGUCAAGCCUUUGUUUUUGCUAGAUUAUACAACUUAUUUAAAUGAAAUUAAUUAUUCCCUUUAACACUUAGCAUUUUAGUAAGUCUGUGGUAGCUAAAACAAUUCAAUUUAUUGAUUUUACCCUCAGAAUACAUGUACCUUGUAUAUGGUAUCUAUAAAAAUUGUUAUUUGCUGUUUGCAACGUUUCUAAGUUUUGUAUCACUUUUUAAUACAUAUUUUAAUCAAUUUUUGAUACUUUAAAAUAUAGCUGUCCCUAUGAGAUUUAAUAAAAAAGAUUAAACUGAACUGUAAUAUUAAUUUUAUUUACGUUUAACGUAACCAAAAGUCUGAUCAAAGUAAUAAGUAUAGAUGUAGGUUACGACUAAAAAAAAUAUAUUUUUUGUAUUCUUGCUG